AUGCCGCCACUGCGGGCAAAUGCAAUCCUGCCGGGAUAUAUUGAUACGCCCAUGAUUGAAGGAUUCUCGCAAGGUCGCAAGGAAGACCUAAUCGCACAGAUCCCUCUACGGAGGUUCGGGAAACCUGCAGAGGUUGCCGAUGCCAUCAUGUUCCUGCUCCACAACGAGUAUGCCAAUAAUUGCGUACUGAAACUCGAUGGCGGGCUGAGCGCAGUAUGA